GCCGCCGCGCCGGGCUCGGAGCGCACCGGACCGGAACGAACCGAACUGGACCGGACCGCAGGAGGGCAGCGCUGUACCCCCUGCUGAGCGCGCGUAUCGGCGGGCCGUGGGCCUCUCCGGGCGGCAGCGCUAUGGGGCCGCGGGGCCGAGGUCUGCCGUGGGCCCUGGUGCUGCUGGCCUUGCGCGGAGCGGCCGGCGCCCCCCCCAGCUUCGUCCUUUUGCUGGCGGACGACUUGGGCUUCGGGGACCUGGGGAGCUACGGGCACCCUUCUUCUGCCACGCCCAACCUGGACUGGAUGGCUUCCAGAGGUCUGCGGUUCACCAACUUCUACAGCAGCUCCCCAGUGUGCAGCCCGUCCCGGGCAGCCCUGCUGACUGGCCGGUUCCAGAUGCGCUCUGGGGUUUAUCCCGGUGUGUUCAACCCAGACUCACGGGGGGGCCUACCGCUGUCCGAGGUCACCAUUGCAGAGGUGCUGAAGGCUGAGGGCUAUGCCACAGCCAUGGUUGGCAAGUGGCACCUUGGCCUGGGGAUUAAUGGCUCCUUCCUGCCCAUCCAUCAGGGCUUUGACCACUUCUUGGGGGUGCCCUACUCCCAUGACCAGGGCCCCUGCCAGAAUCUCACCUGCUUCCCACCUGACAUCAAGUGUUUUGGGACUUGUGACCAAGGCUUAGUGCCAGUACCGCUGCUCCGGAACCAGAGCAUCGUGCAGCAGCCGAUCUCUUUCCCUGAUCUGGUGCCACUCUACAACAAAUUCUCCCGGGACUUCAUUGCUGACUGUGCCCGACGAGGCCUCCCCUUCCUGCUCUACUAUGCCUCCCACCAUACCCACUACCCCCAAUUUGCAAGCCAGGAGUACUCAGGGCAGUCACGGCGUGGGCCGUUUGGUGAUGCACUCUUGGAGUUUGAUGGCUCGGUGGGACAGCUGCUGCAGGCGUUGCAGGAAAAUGGUCUUGCAAACACGACCUUGGUGUUUUUCACCUCUGACAAUGGCCCUUCCACCAUGCGGAUGGCACGUGGAGGCAGCUCUGGCCUUCUGAAGUGUGGGAAGGGCACAACAUAUGAAGGUGGCAUGCGGGAACCAGCAGUGGCUUAUUGGCCAGGCCGUAUCACUCCAGGAGUGACGCAUGAGCUGGCAAGCACCCUGGACAUCCUGCCAACCCUGACUGCCCUGGCUGGAGCAGCUCUUCCCAAAGUUGCCCUGGAUGGCUAUGACCUGAGUCCAGUGCUGUUUGGGUCGGGGAAGAGUCGCCGUCAGACGAUGUUCUUCUACCCGCCGUCCCCUGAUCCACUGCACGGCCCCUUCGCUGUCAGGUUUGGGAAGUACAAGGCCCAUUACUUGACACAAGGUUCCUUUCACAGUGAUACGACCCCAGACCAGGCCUGCCACGGGCUGACCCCGCUGACCCCUCACUUGCCCCCGCUGCUCUUUGACCUGGAGUCAGACCCAGCCGAGAACUAUGAUCUGCUGCAAAGCGGCGCAGGGCCAGAGGUUCUGCACGUCCUGAAGGAGAUCAAUCUGCAGAAAGUGCUUUUUGAACAGCGCAUGGAGUUUGGGGAAAGCCAGAUCAGGAAGGGCAGGGAUCCCGCCCUGCAGCCCUGCUGCGUACCGAACUGCACUCCUAAGCCUUCCUGCUGCCGUUGCUCCUAGGCUUUUGCUGUUCCACCCCCCUUCAGUUGCUCCACACUAUCCCAAACCCACCAGACACCACCUCCUGCCCCCAACUAGCCAAGCUCAGCCUUAGAGCUACCCUGCAGCUUUGGCUCAGUGACACCUCUGACUAAUGGAGUGAUAGGGUAGCAAACUGUGGGCUGGGGAGAUUACCAACCCCACUAACAGUGCAGAUCAGUGGACCGUGUGCUCUGUGUUGGAUGUUCAAGUUGAGGACUUGACAGAAACCCUGACUUGUUCAAGGAGGGACCAUGAUACAGCAUCAUCUCCAGAGCCAGAGCAGCUCCUUUCAAAUCACGAUCAAGAUGAAGCAAAGGACACUGCCCCAGUGUCCAGAGAUCCCAACUCAGCUGGAAGCAUGCCGUGCACCCCUGGGUGGGAACAGAGCCGGGAGAUGCAGCACCAUCAUUCACCAGGGGCCAAUGGCACAGCAAGAGGAGGAUGGGAUGGAUGGUCCUGGCAGCUUCAGAGGCACGACCUUGUGCAGCUGAUGCAGAGGGGACAUGCUUAGGUGGGAAGCAGCCCAGGGUAUGCAUGCUCAAGCAUCUCCAAGUCCUUCAUGCCUCCAGGAGGUAGGGAUGUGGCCAGUGGUUGGCAGGCCUGGUCUUCUUGUAAGUUCUGUCGAUGGUGGGGCUGGUCAAUCAGGUGGGCUGCACUGCAUGACUGAAAGGGUCUCUCUCUUGCUCAUGAGCUAGUCCAGCUUCAGGGGUAUUUUUAUUGGUUGGUUGGGGGUUUUUUUUGGUUUUUUAGAAGGGUAGGGGUUGGAAGGGACUGCUGGAGAUCACCUAGUCCAACCUCCCCUGCUAAAGUGGGAUCACCUAGAGCAGGUUGCACAGGAUCACGUCCAGGCAGGUUUGGAAUCUCUCCAGAGAAGGAGACUCCACAACCUCUCUGGGCAGCCUGUCCCAGGGCUCGGUCACCCUCAGAGGGAAGAAGUUUUUCCUCAUGUUGAGAUGGAACUGCCGGUGUUCCAGCUUGUGCCCGUUGCCCCUUGUCCUGUCACUGGGCACCACUGAGAAGAGUCUGGCCCCAUCGUCUUGGCAUCCACCCUUUAGAUAUUGAUAAGUGUUAAUGAGAUUCCCCUCUCAGUCUUCUCCAGACUAACCAGCCCCAGGUCUCUCAGCCUUUCCUCAUACGAGAGAUGCUCCAGUCCCCUCGUCAUCUUCUAAAUUCCAGUACCCUAAUCAUCUUCUAAAUUCCAGUCCUCUAAUCAUACUCUAAAUUCACUACUGAAUUGCACACAUACGUUUUGGACUACGGGCAUGCAGGCACUCUGGGCGUGCAUUGCACCUUCUGUUUCUACCCCGUGUGUGUCUCCAUGCACCGUGUGCACGUGUGCCCUGUGCAUGAAUGCAGUGUGCACGCACACAGCAUUUUUGUGCCUGUACUCUUAUGACCCACCCCAAUUUUACAGCCACUUUCUAAUGUGUCAGUGAAGUCUGCUCCCUGUCCUCCAUAGUUCAGACUGUCCCCGUAACACCUCCUGGCCUUCCUGUGUGUCUAAUCCCGUGCCUCCUAACGACCUGGUCCUUGGCACAAGAAGGGUGCUGGGGCUGCUGCUGCUGCUGCUGCUGCCGUGCUCGCUGCCCUCAAUUAUUCAGGGCCAAGAGGCAGAGCAAGGAGGCUGGUGCUGCAGCAGGAGGCAAAACUGCUGCAUAAUUCAUGGAGCCCACUUUGCUCAGAGGGCAUGGCAGCGCCUGGCCACAGCAACCAGGGCUCUGGGAUCUGACAGUCAGGACACUGAGAGGACAACAGCUGGGGCUCUGAGCUCUGGGGGGGGGCCCCCACGUUGUGGGGACAGAGUUUCAGUGACCAGACAAGGAACAGGGCGGGAGGUGUGGGACGAUGUGCGCCGUGUGCAGGUAACUCGGCUGCAGGAAACUGAACAAGGCAUGGCAUGACUGCCCCAACCUACACAGGCGCCAGCAGGUAGGGCACGCAGAUGAACGGUGUCCACACGGCCAGGCGUGGAAGGCGAGGCCCGAGUGACUGCUGCAGUGCUGUGGAAGCACACGCUGAAAGACAUGUGCAGGCCAGGCACAGCUGGGAACGGGCAGGGGUGGGUGUGAUAGGCUGUGUCCAUGUGAGCGGCUCGUGAGCAUGUGGGGUGUUAACGGGCUAUAUGUUUGUAUGGGUGCAACACUGUGUGUGUGUGCAUGUGUGUAUACCCAUGUAUGUGUAUGCAUGCAUGGAUGCGCAUGCAUGGACAAGUGAGUUUGCACGUGCACCCAUGCGAGGUGCAUUCUACGUGUGCAUGCAUCAACUGGGUCUAUGCUGUGAGCAUUCAUGUGGGCAGAUGGGUGGGUGCACACUGUGUGCAUGCAUGCGCGGUGUGGAGGUGGGUGCAUUCCGCAUGCAUGCCUCCUGUAGGGUGUGCACGACUGCCUCUGCGCGUGUAUGUUUUCUGCGUGUGUGUGCACACUCUCUGUGUGUGUGCGUGCGCGCGCCGGCCAGGCAUGCAUAUGCAUACGCUCUGUGUGUAUGUGAACACUGCGCAUUGCGCUCCGAGUUCAAGACGUGUGUUUUGGAGUACGGGUGUGCACACACGCUGGGUGUGCGUUGCACCUUCUGUUUGUACCCUGCGUGUGUCUCCGCGCACCCUGUGUGCACGUGUGCCCUGUGCGUGAAUGCAGUGUGCACGCGCACAGCAUUUUUGUGCAUGUACUCUGUGCGCGCUCCUUGUGUGCGCGCGCGCGCGCUCUGUGCAUGGUGUAUCCAGCCCGUGUUCCUCCCAGAGAAUUUCUCCUUGCAGAAGAGCUGGGACUGAAUUGGGAGGACUCUCGUUCCCAGGAGGUUUCUCCCGUCUCAGUCCAAUGGAUGUGACAGCUGUUCCCAUGUGCAGGUACAAGAGACUUGGUUUGUGUUUCAAAGAGCCAGGUCACGUUCAAGAACACGCCCACAUACUUCACUGACAUGAAUGGCAAAACAGAGUAACAUAGAGCAGCACCUUUACCAGCACCUACUUAACACAAAAAGCACAACCCAGUCCUUGUCUUCCUCUCCAGCUGAUCAGGACCGAUGUUCAGUAGUGAAACAUACACACACAUCAUAGAAUCAUAAAAUCAUAGAACCAUAGAAUGGUUUGGGUUGGAAGGGACCUCCCAGCCCACCCAGUGCCACCCCUGCCAUGGGCAGGGACACCCUCCACUAGCCCAGGUUGCCCAAAGCCUCAUCCAACCUGGCCUUGAACCCUGCCAGGGAGCCAGGGGCAGCCACAGCUUCUCUGGGCACCCUGUGCCAGGGCCUCAGCACCCUCAUGGAGAAGAUUUUUUUUUUUUCCUAAUAUCUAAUCUAAAUCUGCCCUCCAGCUUAACAUCGCUCCCUAGAUUUGCAAGCACAGCAUUGUGCUGGCUUUGGCUGGGACAGAGUUACUUUUCUCCAUAGCAGCUGGUAUGGGGCUAUGUUUUGGAUUUGUGCUGAAAACAGUGUUGAUAAUACAGAGAGGUUUUUGUUAUUGUUGAGCAGGGUUUACUCAGAGUCAAGGCCUUUUCUGUUUCUCACCCCACCCCACCAGCGAGUAGGCUGGGGGUGCACAAGAAGUCGGGAGGAGACACAGCCGGGACAGCUGACCCAAACUGGCCAAAGGGAUAUUCCGUAUCCUAUAACGUCAUGCUCUGUGUAUAACUGGGGAAGCUAGCUGGGAGGCAGGAUCGCUGCUUGGAAACAGACUGGGCAUCCCGGGUUUUU